CGCACGCGAAAUUAGUUACAUAUUUUUUAUUAUUUUAAUUCUCCACGCAGUCUCUGAAGAUGAAUCGCUAUAACGGACCCAAUAACGCUCGCAUGUUCGGACAAUUUGGGUCCAAUUCAAAUAAUCAAAGAUGGAGAGGAUCGUUGGACCAGGUCAAGUGGAUGUACAUGUGUGGCAAUAAAGAUUGGAAAGAGUUCGACCCCGCGUUGCAGGCGCAGCUCGAGGCUUGCUACGCUUCGGGCGGCAACAAAUUUUCCUACACUUUGAAGAACGAUCAGUACGACGCGGAUUUCAUGAAGUGGAAACAAGUGAAGAGGAGCGACCCGACCAAAGUGAGGAACAUCAAGAGGGAAGUUGUGAAAAAGCAGUCCUAUAGUCCACAGGCGACGUCCAACUCGUCGGCGCCAGUGACCUCUUCGACGCGUUCUUCGACUUCCUCGGCGCUCAGCCUCUCCGAAAUCCUGAAUUGCGAAGUCACUUUGGCCGUUCAUCAUUUGUUGAAAUUAUUCGUUCUCUUGAUCGCCUUCAUUAUUUUUCUGGUCCAUUACAUGAAAAAGUAAAAUUUUCCACGAAAGACUUUUUUAAAGUCUAACUUGUUGUUCAUCUGGUCUUGAAAAAUUAUGCGCCGUUGCUCAUUUUUCAAUUGGAAUGUAACAAUUAAAUACUGAAAUUAAUUGUGAUAAUAAAAGUA